AUGCCCACGGCGGCUUACAAUUAUCACAUGGCUACUAUCGCCAACAUGUGUCGUGUCUUUUGCUCGAAGCAUGGAAUCUCAGCUACUUCACCACCAGAUUUAAUUUGUGUUACACGAGGUCCCGGGAUGGCGGGAUCGCUUAGUAGCUCAACUGAAUUUGCUAAAGGGUUGAGCGUUGCUUGGAAUGUCCCCCUUGUUGGAGUACACCACAUGUUGGGUCAUUUAUUAACUUCAUUUCUCCCACAACAUCUGCAACAAGAUGGACAAGCUCAACCUCCACAAUUUCCAUUUUUGAGUUUAUUAUGUAGUGGCGGCCAUACUUUGCUUGUAUUGCUGAAAUCGAUAUCUGAACAUGAAAUAAUUAUCAAUGUGAGCGAUAUAGCAGUGGGUGAUUCAUUAGAUAAAUGUGCACGAGAAUUGGGAAUGUAUGGAAACAUGUUGGGGAGAGAAUUGGAAACCUUUAUAAAUAACAUACCACAGUCUGAAAAGGACGAAUUUGAAGCCAUGAAUGUUGAUACGAGAGUCAAUAACAAGUAUAAAUUUCGAUUAACUUUGCCAUAUCAAACGCCGAAGAAUGGUAAAUUCAAUGAUGGUGAGAUUCAAUUUGCAUUUGCUCAGUUUCUCAGUAAUAUUCAAGAGUAUAAGAAGAAAUUUUACACUUCAGAUUCUGAGACGAGUGAGUUUGAUGAAAAGACUAAGAGAAUGAUUGCUUACAAGACACAAGAAUUGAUAUUUGAUCAUAUCAUUGAUCGGAUCAAUUUAUCAUUAAAGAAACAUGGAUUACGAAGACAGGCUGAUGGGAAAUUUAUUGGAGUCAGGGAUUUUGUAUGUUCAGGAGGGGUGGCUGCAAACAAACGACUUCGUGAAAAGUUAUUUUGUGAAUUGAGAUUUAAUGAAAUUGGAGAUGAACCAUUCAAGUUUCAUUUCCCUGAUUUGUCACUAUGCACUGAUAAUGCAAUCAUGAUUGGAUUAGCAGGAAUGGAAAUAUUUGAAAAAUUGAAAUUGAAGACUGAUUUAAGCUUUACACCUUUGAGAAAAUGGCCAUUAAAUGAAUUAACGACUGUUGAUUCUUGGGUCAAAAUAAGUGAAGAAGAGAUCAAUAAAGUUUGUAAAUAUUAA